UCAUUAUAUCAUCCUUUUGCUUAAUCUUUAAAACCUCCUCGUCUCUCUGUUUUCUCUUCUUGUUACCAAAAACAAUAACACAUGGCAGAGGAAGAAGAACCCAAGAAGGUCGAUAACGUCACCCCCUCGGAGCAGCCGCCGCGUCUGCCGGAUCCCGAACCGACUGAAGCACCCAAAGACGUUGCCGAGGAAAAAUCCUUAAUCGCACUUCCUCCCACUGAAGAAAUAGAAAAGCCUGCUGAUUACACAGAAUCCGCCGCACUCGAGACAGAGGCGGCGGAACCAACUGAGGAGAAAAGCACGGAGAGUAGUGUGAAUCGAGAUGCUGUGCUCGCUAGGGUUGAGACAGAGAAGCGAAUUUCACUGAUCAAAGCUUGGGAAGAGAGUGAAAAAACCAAAGCUGAGAACAAAGCUUACAAAAAGCUUUCUUCAAUCGACGCAUGGGAGAAAAGCAAGAAAGGUGCUCUUGAAUCAGAGCUGAAAAGGAUAGAGGAGAAAAUAGAGAAACGGAGAGCCGAAUAUGUGGAGAAAAUGAAAAACAAAGUUGCCUUGAUCCACAAGGAAGCAGAAGAGAAGAAGGCAAUCGUUGAAGCCAAGCGUGGGGAAGAACUUCUCAAGGCGGAGGAGACAGCCGCCAAGUACCGUACCACCGGAGCUACUCCGAAGAAGAUCCUUGGUUGUUUUUAAGGGUAAAAUGAAUCCUUCAAAAGCUCUGGUGUAGAAGAUAGGGUCUUUUGUGUGUUUUUCUUUUUUCUUUUUCGCUUUUAGGGUUAGUUUGGUUUAAUAUAGUGAAGCAACGGCCAUUGUUCAUUAUUCUCUGUGUGUAAAUAGAUAGUGUUAUACCAUUUGGAAGAAAUCACUUAUUGAAUUUGUAACAAACAAGUUUGAUGUAAUAAUGUCGACUCGUGAAGAUUAUAGAUUGAAGUACAUUAUUUAUGUUUUA